AAGAAAGAAAGAAAGAAAGAGCCUGUUUGACCUGGUUCAAUGCAACAUGGCCUGUCAAUCCCCCCGUCCCUUACAUACCUUGCCUCUUAUAGAGCCCUGAACAAGACCCAGAAUACCACCUCAUGCAGCACGAAAAUGAGGAAGCUGCAAGCCCCUCCUCCCUUAUCCGCUCUGGCCCUGCGCACGCCAUCGGGUCUUCUUCACCACCUUUAGGAGGUAGUACCAUCUUUACCGAGGAAGAAGCCCAAGAAUUGAGGACACCACCGGAGUGGAUAUUCUUGCGCCAUCCAGUGGCGUUUCGAGCGUGUAAAUUGGCUGUUAGUUGCUAGCCCUAGGGGUACUAGCACUUUAAUGAUCCUUUGGGAAUGUUUGGCAGGUUCAGAAGCAUGGCAACCAUUGAUAAUCUAUAGAUAAAAGGUAAUUCAUUGGGUACAAGAUGGAAUCUGGCAUAGAUAAGACCAGGUCUGAAUGAGAUGGCAUCAAUUGGAG